CAAAGGGCUUUAUAUAUAGUAGUAUGUCACUGAUGUUAGCUAGGUCUGUAUACCUUGUAGAAAUAAAGAUUAUUAUUAAAGUCAAUCUAACCCUACCUAAAUUAACCUUACUCCGCCAGCGAUAGAUAUGGUCAUCAUGAGCCUUUGUUUACAUUUGAUUCUUCUUUGUUUACGAUCGCUGUGAUUGGCCAGGAGCGUCAAUAGUAACCGUUGACUGGCUGCGACAUGUUGCAUGUCCCAAGAUAUAUUUAUCAUUGAUAGCUCCCAGAAUAAAUUCCUUCAAGAAAUGAUAAUUUGUGACGGGGUGUAGAUAACAUGCUUGCGCUGUAUCAAAGAAAAUAAUGGGUGAUUUUUCAAUAGGACCGGAUCUCCAUAUUAUCCGUAGUGUAGGAGUGAUAGAUGGAACGCUAAAUAAGUGUGUUAAGAGUGUGUAUUGGUGAUAUAAUGUGGAGAUGAUGAUGCUGUACUCAUUCUCAGAUACGCGAGGCAACUAUGCCACCUCUACCUCAUUGAACCCUCACAGUCACUCAUGUAACACCUAUGAUGAUUAUGGGAUGAGCAGAGGCACUAAUAAUCUCCAUGGAUCAUAUUACUCAGAUUAGCCUGGCAUUAAAACUUUUUUCUUUACUGUACUAGAGAUGACUACGCUGGUAGACGUGGCACCAGCGCCCUGAUGCAGGCCAUAGCAAGAUGGCUUUCCUAUGCCCAGUGAGAAUCCGACGAAACAAGAAAAAGAAAGGGUCAGGGGGGUAUGUGUCGGAGGGGGAGGAGAAGGUGGUGCGUGCUCCUGGCCUCGGUCGCAUCACAGGCUCUGCUUCCAUAGAGACGCUGGUCCGGGUUGGCUUGGAGAAGGAGGCUGGACUCUCGCCAGACAGCAAGAUGGUAGUCCUCCAUGACUUCACGCCCUGCGUUGAUGACGAAUUGGAAGUGAAGAGGGGUAGUGUUGUAAACGUACUUUAUCAGGAAAAUGAUUGGGUUUAUGUAAUAGCAGAACAUGGCCAACAAGAAGGCUUCAUCCCUCACUCGUACUGUGCGCCAUAUGGGUCACAGCUCGGGGAACUUACCAUGAACCAUAAAAAAAAAAUGCCGCGUGAACAUAACUCGAUGGAAGGUGGUGGAGGGGGACUCGAUACAGACCACAAUACAACAAUAGGCACUAUCAACUCAGGGGGCACGGAUAAUCCUGGCUUAGUGGGUUCAGAUAAUGAGAGUUAUGGAGGCAAGUUAAUAGGAAGUCCACCAAACAGAACUUCUGACUCCUCUAUACAAAGUGGCACCACUACACCCGACAUUCAUCCUUUUUUCAAGGAUCCUGCUGGCAGGUACAUUGUCUUAUACACUUUUAUUGCACGUGAUGAAAAUGAUGUGAGCGUAGAACGAGGAGAGUUUGUAACGGUGCUAAAUCGCGAGGACCCUGAUUGGUACUGGGUUCUAAGAUCAGAUGGGCAGGAAGGCUUUGUACCAUCUGGAUUUGUCUACCCAGCAGAUGUAAUACAAGAUCACCUGGAACAAGGUGGGGGUACGACUGGUGGGGGAGUGAUGGUGGGUACGAUACAUGGUGGAUUAGGAAACGUUGGAGGACACCAGCUGGGCUAUGGGGCCUCCCAGCAUCAUAUAAACCCUGGAAACAGUGAUGACCUUCGGUUUCAUGGCUCAGAACUUGUCAUGCUCUAUGAUUAUAAGGCACAAGCCCCAGAUGAUUUAUCAGUUCGCCGGGGAGAUUGGAUCUAUGCUGAUUUAAAUAAUCAAACUGUUGAUGGAUGGUUAUGGGCAUAUGCUCCAAAGACUCGAAAGUAUGGCUUUAUACCAAAGGCUUAUGCUCGCCCUCCUGCAAGACACCCCUAUAAAAAUGGAAGUAACUGGUGUAAAUAUAUUUCUGUGAAGCUGACUUGUGUUUGUGAUUUCUGUAUAUGAUAAACAAGAUAACACCAGACUCAGUGUUGUUAGGGUGGCUCCUAGUGUACAGAUUGCAGCCAGCAGUGGUGCCCUCUCACAGAGCUGACAAUGGUUGCAGCGAUCCGUCUCAAUAUUGUAUAGAAAAAAUUAUUUAUCUUUGUACGUAGCUUAAUUUAAUGAAUAAUACUCACAAUUAUUUAAAUACACACAAGAUACAUCAUUUAAUUAUAAGCUGCAGGUGUGAUUGGGCAUUUCAAAUGCCACUGGUGCCAAAUACGAGGUUUAACUCAUUCCUUUUUUAUGCUUUCCUAUGUCUGCUCUUUGUUUUAUAUAUUUGUAAAUGACAUUGUUAACUUUUAAACGAACAAGUUGAUGUAAAAUACAUU